AACGGAAACAAAAUGGCGGACUGUUACAUAUUCAACGGAUGCCCGUGAACGUUAGCUUUCGUUUGGCGGUGCGUUUCUGGACACAUUGAAAAUGAGGAGAGUGCAUCCGGCCCUCCCCUCUCCUCCCGUCUGCUCCGCGGCAGGAGGAGGAGAGGAGAGAGGAGCUCUGCCAGCGGACCAGGGAGAGAGAGAGAGAGGCGAGGAAUCCCAGCAGCCCCCCCUGGAGAGUGAGAGCCGGACCAGCUGGACCCCCGGAGGAGGACCCGAGAGGGAACCACGUUGCCACGGGAGAGGCCUCAGUCCAGGGCUGCAGUAUGUUCACGUCAGUGAAGGCCUUCGAGGGGCAGCAGUACUCCACCCUGAAGAGGCAGUGCUUGCAGAGUGGCCUUCUCUUCGAGGACCCCCGCUUCCCCGCCACUGACGACUCACUCUUCUACCAGGGCAACAGGAUCGGACGUGUGGUCUGGAAGAGACCUCGGGAGCUGUGUGAGGACCCUCACCUGUUUGUCGAUGGCAUCAGCGCACAUGACCUCCAUCAGGGACAGCUGGGUAACUGCUGGUUUGUGGCGGCGUGCUCCAGUCUGGCCUCCAGAGAGUCUCUGUGGCAGAAGGUCAUUCCAGACUGGAAGGAGCAGGAGUGGGAUACCGAGAAGCCGGACUCGUACGCCGGGAUUUUCCACUUCCGCUUCUGGCGCUUCGGGGAGUGGGUGGAUGUGGUGAUUGACGACCGGCUACCGACCGUGGACAACCAGCUGGUCUACUGCCACUCCAACGACAGCAACGAGUUCUGGAGUGCCCUGGUGGAGAAGGCCUACGCCAAGGUUUACGGCUGCUAUGAGGCUUUGGACGGCGGCAACACUGCCGACGCUCUGGUGGACUUCACCGGCGGCGUUUCAGAGCCCGUGGACCUGCUGGAGGGUCAGAUGGCCACGGACGAAGCGGCGCGUAACCAGCUGUUUGAAAGAGUUCUCAAAGUUCACAACAGAGACGGCCUCAUCAGCUGCUCCAUCAGGGCGACCACAAUAGAGGACAUGGAGGCGAGGCUGGACUGCGGCCUGGUCAAAGGCCACGCGUACGCCGUCACGGACGUACGGAAAGUGCGGCUAGGUCACGGACUGCUGGCCUUCUUCAAAUCGGAGAAGCUGCACAUGAUCCGCAUGAGGAACCCCUGGGGAGAGAAGGAGUGGAGCGGGCCGUGGAGCGACAGUUCGGAGGAGUGGAACAAGGUGAGCAAGAGCGAGAGAGAAAAGCUGGGCGUCACCGUGCAGGACGACGGCGAGUUCUGGAUGACGUUUGACGACUUCUGCCAGUACUUCACCGACCUGAUCCUGUGUCGCCUCAUCAACACCUCCUACCUGAGCAUCCACAAAACCUGGGAGGAGGAGGUGAUGAGGGGCUCCUGGAUCCACCGCCAGGACCCGCUCCGCAACCGAUCGGGCGGCUGCAUCAACCACAAGGCCACCUUCCUGCAGAACCCUCAGUAUGUGUUUGAUGUGAAGAAGGUGGAGGAUGAGGUGUUGAUCUGCCUCCAGCAAAAAGAAAAGAGAGCCACACCCAAAGAGGGCAAAGGGGAAAACCUCGCCAUCGGCUUCGAUAUUCACCGGGUGGAGCUAAAUCGCAAGUACCGUAUGCACUCAGCCCAGCAGAAAGUAGCGGGCUCCAUCUACAUCAACUCACGCUGCGUCUUCCUCAGGAAGGAGCUGAAGGAGGGCCGCUACGUCAUCAUUCCCACGACCUUUGACCCCGGGCAGCAGGGCGACUUCCUGCUCCGUGUCUUCACUGAUGUGCCUUCAGACUGCAAAGAGCUGACUCUGGACGAGCCUCCGCAGACGUGUUGGACGGGGAUGUGUGGCUACCCUCAGCUGGUCACUCAGGUCCAUGUACUGAACGCUGAGGGUCUGCAGGGACAGGACUCCAACGGAGCUGUCGAUCCCUACGUGAUCAUCACCUGCGAAGGAGAGAGGGUUCGUUCGCCGGUUCAAAAGGACACACGGUGCCCAAACUUCGACAUCAAAGGCCUGUUCUACCGCAAGAAACCCAAGGACGGCAUCCACAUCGAGAUCUACAACAAGAACAUGAUCGUGGACACCUUCCUGGGUCAGGUGAUCCUGUUCAGCGACCCCAACGAGCGGCAGGAGCAGCACACGCUCCACCUCCGCGACAAGGGCAACCGCCAGGACAACGACCUCCCGGGCACGCUCACUGUGCGCCUCAUCACCUCCACCACACUCACCAACAUCUGACGCGACCCUUCCGUUGAUCCCAGCGCUCACGGCUCGCCGCUCGUCCCCCUCCGACCGUCACGGGAGCUCACUGUGUCUAUUUUCUGCCGCUUGCGCUCUCUCUCUUUGCGUCUGUUUUCCCCCAUCCUCUUUCGCCUCGGCGUUUAAAUUCGACUUUGUUACGUGUUUUUGAAGGCUUAUAUAUUUACAGUAUUAAUAUCUGGACGGGAGGUGUCUUUAUCUGGGGUUCGUAUUGAAUAACUUUUAACACAUUCCUGCCAAAAUCGUCCAUUUUUUUAGCGUCGGCUCGAGACAUUUGCUCGUAAAGUAGUCUCCGUCAACAACUGAGCUACAGCUAAACAGGUUUUUAAAGAAAGUUUUGACCCUAAUCGACAAACUUCUCUUUUCCUUCUCACGUAUACAUGCACAUACGAUACAUAUGCAGACAUUUCUGCACUCGCCAUGCAUGUGCCAAUGUCUCCAAGGGCUAUGCAUUGCCUUAAGGCUGAGUCUGUCUCUCCACCUUGAGAAGACCGGGGGAGGGAGGGGUGUUGUGGUAAAUCCUCCUCCUGUUCUCCAUCAACCUUUCUUAGCACAGCCUCCAUUUGUGCUCCUUAAAAUCGUCAUUUUUUUGUCUCAGUUUCCGUCUGCUGUACAAACUGACAGACUCCUUUAUACCUGUGGAUGAUGAUGAUGAUGAUGAUGACGAUCCUCCCGCCCCAGACACCUCAAGUCUUCACCAGUUUUUGCCGGUGCUUCGGAGAGCAUGCAGCACUGUCUGUCACUUUUUACUGUGGACUUCGACAAAAGCCAACAGCAGCUAAAUCCUCUCCCUCGACUGAGAAGAGCUUUUUUUUUCUGUGUUGUCCUGUUGAGCGUGAUCUUGUGUGAAAUCUUGCCUCCCCUCUCCCUCGCCCUCCCCCCCGUCUUCCAUCACGACUAUACUCCCCGAGACGCUUUCUGCCGGUUGCUAUGGACGAUCUCCAAACUGCAUGGCUUAAAAAAAAAAAAAAAAAAAAACAAACAAACAAAAAAACCUAAACUCUGCCUGUGCUGCACAUCUGUACAAGUCGUAGCUUAGCAGCCGGUGCCUCUGAUAGUGCUACCCUCCCCCCUCCUCCCCCCUCCUCGUGUACCGGAGUGCAAAGAUUCACCCUGACAUAAAUCAAGUGCUUUAUGGGACCAAAGAUGAGCCAGGCCCUUUGCUCUCUUAGUCCCUGGCCUGGUCUAGUCUAGUCUGGCCUGGCCCCCUACCCCCUACCCCCAAGCCGAGCUACAAACCCACCACCCCCUGUGCCACAUCAUCUCUUAACGGCAACACCACUGCCUGACACUUCCUCUGACUCGAGUCUGUCGGCCCGGGCCUGAAGACUCACGCCACGUCGACCCCGAGAGAAAGCAGCUGUGCUUCUGCUGUUGGCACAGAAACAGGGGUGAGUGUCUGUGUGUGUGUGUGUGUGUGUUAAAGAGAGUGUGUGUGUGUGAGAGAGAGAGAGAGUGUGUAUCCUGCUAGAUUCAGCGUCGGUGUAAAUGCGAGUACCUGGGAGUGCUUGGGUGAAUGUUUAUCUGCGAAUCCACGUUGAGAAACCGGGACGAUUUUUCCACGGAGAGGUGUGAAGAGCCCUUUAGGUGAAAACACAUCUUGCACAUUAUUUAGUUUUAAUGAGGUUUAAAAAAAAAAAACAAGACCCUUAAGGAUGAAAGGAUGAAAGAAAAGAGGAGGGAGAGCAGAGGAGACGUCCUGCCAAACAACCUGUGCCAUUGCCUUGAUCCUGGCUUUGCCUCCACAGCAGGAAAAACAGCGAACUGUUCACGAAGGAUUUCACUACUGGUAUAAUGUAAUCUAUCUCUGACGAACCAUUGCGUAGAUCACGUUGGCAUCCAGUUUGACCUUUUAGCACCUAGUGGGCUUUUUGUGACAGAGACUAAAAAUCUCAACUACUACUUUUUUUGUUGUUGUUUUCAAAAGUGCAAUAUCGUUGCAGAGACUUCUCAUUCCAGGUUUUAUCGACUUUUCGGUCUUACUCGUUUUUAUUUCCCCCGUGUUUCAUAACGAGAAUCAAAAAUGUAAGUUACUGUCAUUAUCGAGACAUUUCCUUUUUUGAAUGUAAGACAGCUAGUGGACUAAUCUCUCGAGUCCGUUCUCCUGAUUUUUUUCAGCGCCUUUUUCCAUUACUUGAACUGUCACACGUGGCAUUUAAACCGAUCACACACCUUUGUGUACAGCAUCUUUAUAAACGUGUCUUGCAUGGGGUUAUUUUCCAAUAUGUUCAUGGCCUUGUAUUGUACUGUUCAAUUGUUAAUAUAUAUAUUAUAUUUAUUCUUCUAUCUCAACAGUCUUGGAAAUGCUAGUUUCGAGCAGUCGGCAUGUCUACACUUACUGCACCUCAUGUCUGAUCAUAUCAACCGGUUUGAAACGGUUAUGUCUUGUAACACAGUGAUGCAUUCAUUAUGCCUCUAGCAUCAGUGAACAUUAGCCGCAGUUUUUGACUACUAUUUAGGUGCUAUUUAUCUUCUCUGUGCUCUUUUAUGUUGUUUUUUUUAGUCCGACAGAAGGUAACACUGUCAGACGGCCGGUGUUAGAAACUGCACAGAAACGUAGGGGUGUAACGAUACAUCGAUUCAAUGAUCAACAAUCCUGUAGCAUCGAUCAGAAAUUAACUGCUCUAUGUGGAUGAAAAUAUACGAAUGCCGGUCCGUUCUCGCGGCUAGCAUGCAGAAUCUGAGCAACUCACACUGCCUGCGUCACGCUGUCGCUCUGCCGUCCGUCGAGUAUCGAACUCCACAGUUAGUUUUGUUGUUGGCAAGAGCUGGAUGUAAAGUUUACUGUGAGGCAGCUAUAAAAAAAGUGCAACGACGCGUCCACUGAUCUGAUUCUCUGUUGUAAAAAUAAUCGCAGUCUGAGCGGUUACGUACAUCGUACAUUUUGUCAUUUGUAAGACGCGCAUUUAUUUGGAAAUUCCCACCGGCAUGUCUUUCUCCGCUUGAGCGCACACCUCCAAACAAAAUGCGAGCAGUGAUUUAAUGAGGAAAAACGUCGCCAAUAUCUGAAGGUGUAGUGCGUGGAGUUCUAAAAAUAUUUAGUUUGAGACUCUAAAUAGGAGUGAAGUUUACACAAUAUCUGGAUUUGAAUUUAAAGUGAAGAGGAGGUUUUCAUUUAAACGUCUGGUUGAGCUCAGGAAUAAAAAAGUUAAAUGUUUUUUUUAGUUGCUUGAUAUGAAUGGAAGUGACUGUGUUAAAUCAGCAGAUGAUAUCGUCUCGUAUCGAUCGCCGGCUCCUGAAUCGAAUCAAAUCAAAAUCGCAUCGUAGCAAACUUUGUGAUAUCAACAAACAUCGAAACAUUGUCCAUUGAAUCGAUAUAAUAUCGUGUGAUUUACACCCCUAGUUCAACAUGGGAGUGUGUGCCUGGUUUUUAUUUACAGUAAGAAACCCUCCUUCCCUCUCUCACAAAGCACCGUUCAAGUGUCCUUGUGCAAGGCACUGAAGUCUUAACUGCUCCAGUGGAGCAGCUUCCAGGUGUGACUGUACAUAUUUGUUUAAUCCCCCCCAACAGGUCGAUACUGUGAUUAUCUACAAAAUCAGCUUGUUAACGGCCGACAGAGAAGGCGUUGACUGAGGGGUUUAGAGUGAGAGAUUAUCGGUGCCAAAGCUGAGGGUCGAUUCGUGGAUUUGGUGAAAUUGACAGCUCACAGAUCAGAGGGUGAAACCAGACACAGUUUAUGUUUGUCGUAGAUCACCGUUACAUUUGAGUCUCAUCUGAUUUUCUGGAAAAUAAAUAUCUGGGUAUUUCCAGAAUAUUGAAAGACUCCUCUAUAUAGAGACCUAAAGCUGCUGUUAUAAUCAGUAACAGCAUCAAGGUACGGCGAGUCUUGGGUGGGUGAAAAAAUACAGAAAUAAAUGUAAACAGAAAAAUAAUUAAAUAUAAAAGUGAGGCUUUUAUUUCUUCAUAUCUUUUUAAAUUAUUAUUUAAUUUAUUUAUUUAUUUGAGCCGUUUAUUUAUUCUAAUGGAAGCUUUAGUUCUCCAUAUUACAACAAUCUGGUUGAAAAAAAUAUUCUUUUUUCUACUUGAUAAAAAAUAUUUUUAACCUUUUUUCCAAAGUUAUGACAUUUGUUUCCCAAUCCAAACAAAAAUGGCAGCUGGAAAUGACAUAUUCCUUGCUCAGUCUGUGCUUAUGCUUUCUCUGUUAACCAAGCUUAGUGUUUUGUCUAUAUUGGUUUUAUUUUGUCAAAUCAAACAAAAUAUCAUGUUAACAUACAAAGAUCAACGACAUACAGUUUGUAAUUUCUGGUUUCCUGGGUAGAAAAUACUCUUUACUGUAGCGACAACCUGAGAAACUGGUUUAAAAUCUUUAUUAUCGUGCUGUGAACAAAAUAUUUUUACACAUGAGGACACUGGAAAUACCUUUAAAGAGAGAUAUUCUUCAGAAAAACAGAUGUUUAAGUUGAAUGUAAAGGUGACUAAAGACUAAAUCUUAUAUCCUGCCUCGGAGUCGACAUGUCGGUGUGACAGGCUGCACCCCUCCACUAUCCUCUGUAACCCAGAUUUUAUUAAUGCGGUAACAAGCAGAGGAACCACAUGGGUCCCAUAUGGACUCCUCUAUUGUUCCCCCUCACUCAUCAGCCUAUUUACUGACACAAACUGUGACCACAUGGGGCUUCAGGAUGAUCGUAGCCCGAAACAGGGACUUUGUAUCUGGAGUGACCCACAUGGACUAGACACACAUUUAAACUCCCGUAGUCGCAGCCUGCCACCAAAACAUGUUGGGUUGCUACAUGCUACAUCACAGUUUACAGCCUUGUGUUAACUGGACUGUCAAAGACCCAAUUAAUGAAACAAACAUGACUAUAAGCUAAGCUACAUGGUUCAUUAAUGAAUACCACUGAUUUCAGUCAUCAUGUUGGGGAUCAUUUACCUUUUCAUCUAGCACCACCAUCAGGUCAAAGUUUUAAUUUGUCCAGUUUGGUUUAUGAUUAAAUGCCUGCAAAACCUAAUGACAAUCCCAUCAGCCAUUAAUAAAUAUUAGCAUGUUAACAAGCUAAACUAAGAUUACAAACAUCUACAAUCACUAUGUUCCUGCACGUCUUUCAUCUGUAAAGAAAGAAAAAGAACAGCUAUUCAGAUGUUUUGCUCAUGAUUCCAGUGAACAUCGAGGUAAAGACUGAGAAAGAUUGAAUUAGUAUUCAUUAAUGUGCCAUGUCAUUGUUAUUUGACGAUGAAAAUCAUCCUAAAUUUUCCUCAACUGAAGCCACCACCUUGUUUUUUAUAUUCAAGUUGGGGUUAUUUUGUGGCUCCCUACUUUUAUGAUUUGUGUGGGUGUCAGUAUAAAUCUAAAUAUUGACAUAUCACAUUUCAGUGUCGCUGCGUCUCUCACAAUCCUGCGGUGAUAAUAAGAGUAAGGAGCCAAAAUAAGAGCUCAGCGUGAAGCCUUAUCAGGUCAACUCAUGUGCUGCAGCAGUGCCAAAAAGACAAAUGGUCUAUUGUAAAGAGAAGUUUUGUGGGUGAUGAAGUUAAACUGUAAAGAUGUUUCCUGUGCAAACAAAUGUAAGACAGGUUAAAUAACAAUUAUCCUCUGGGUUUUUUUUGGUACCUUUUUGUUCUCUGCUACAUGUCCUCUUUCGUUUCUCUGUCCUUAUAACGAAGUGAUUUUCACUGCGUUGCUGUGUUUACUCAUUGUAAUUGUUGCACAUUGUGAUCCUCUGCCAAAAGUGUUACGGCUUUCACUGUUAACCACACACACACACACACAAACACUCCUGCUUCUAGACUAACCAGGCUUGGUUGGAGUGUACGGACCUUCCCUGGUUUUUUGACAGUUGCUACAAAGCUUAUCAGUUUUCUGUACAUAUAUAUAUAUAUAUAUAUAUAUUUUCCGCACGGCCAUGCCAAAGCUGGUUUUCAGAACACAAAACCUUUCAGAUGAAGCUGAACUGCUCACAACGGUGGUGACUUUUGUACGAAUCCCAAAAAAAGAAAGAAAAAAAAAAGCCAGUGCAUGUAGCAAAACCGCUUCAAAAUCUGCUCGCACCAUUACAAAUCACAGAGUAUAUAUAUUUUUGUUUCUCAGAGUGUUGUAAAAACAUAAUCUGCUGUUGCUACUUUGAUAAACAUACUGUGUGAAGUACAAGGCUUAUGUUGCACACUUGCAUGCAUUUAAACAGUAUCCAGUUUUAUAAUAUUUUGUAUUCAGUAACCUGCAGUAUACAGUAUGUAUAUAAAAGUAGCAGCAAUAUCGACUUAUCAGUUUGUUAUGGUAUCCAUGUUUUGAUGGAUGUUACACAGUAUAUUCUAGACAUUUAUCUCAAGAGGACGAUGUUCUUGCUCGCUACCUCUAGUGAUCAGCAAGAAUACGUAGAGGAAUCAAGUGAAGUAUGGACUUUUCUCCAUGUCCUACGAUACCUUGUGUGAAUUAUGAGCUACGCUGCUGAUGUCCUCGCUUUGUAGAGAUUCUGGGGAAAUAAAUGACGUGGGAACGCAGAACACCUUAAAGGAAACGUUCAGCACUUUCAGAAAUGUGCUAGAUUGGUUUCUUGCCAAGAAUUAGACGAGAAGAUCGAUAUUAUUCAUGUCUGUUUGGAAAAUAUGAAGGUACAACCAGCAGACCGUUUAGCUUAGCUUAGAAACAGCUAGCCUGGUCGACCUACCAGCACCUUGAAAGCUCACUGAAUAUGUUUUACCUUUUGUAAAAUUGGAUUAAAAUAUGUAUCUUAAUUAGUGAGCUGCUGGUAGCUAGGCUAGCUGUUUCCCCCCGUUUCCAGUCUUUGUGCUAAGCUAACUUUACUGACUACUGGUGGUGGCUCCAUAAAACAUUUUCUUUGAAUUGGUAAAUGUGAUUUUAGCACAAACUGGCUUGAAUUACAUAGGACUUUAAAUAAACAGAGCAUUUUAAAAGAUUGUUUAAUCCCUUUAUCCAUCCAUUUUCUGCUGUUUAUCCAGGUCCAGGUCGUGUUUAAUUAUUAAUUAGUGAUAUUAUUAGGAAUUAUUGUUAUACACAGCUGAGAAGUAUCGACAGAAAUGUGAUAUAUAUGUCAGUAAAUUCAUGCACUUGGUAAAUAAUUCCAGGCGAUAUCAUCCCUACAAGUUUUUGCUGAUAUAUUUCAUACUUUGGCUGGUAUCAAAUUACAUUAAACCUGGUGAACCCUGCAGAUAUGUUGUCAGCUUAGACAAAUAUCACAAAAUGGGCUCAAGCAGCUUUACGAUCUGCACAGAAUACAACACCUUCUAUACUUAGACCCCCAUAUUGGGUAAGAAAAAACAACCUUUAAUGAUGGAAGAAACCUCGGAAACAGGAGGGAUCCAUCUGCAGAAUGGACAGAAAUAGCAAAAUUAUAUUAUGGACAUCUAAAAUUUAUAGAUAAAUUCUAGGGAUAUAUGGAGAAUAUGGAUCUGGGAGGAUGUCCAGCAACUCCCAAACAAAUUGGACCUGAGAUACUCGACCUCUCCACCACCUGAAAAGAGGAUAGACUACACAAACACACAAGAAGUGAAUCACAACAUUCAAACAGAAGACACCUGUUGUCGUGUCCAUAAUUCACACAAGGUAUCAAGAGACUAGGAACAAGGUGGAUAGACCAAACUGAAAGUAAGUCAGAUUCAGAGUGCUGAAGAAAUUAUUUCUUUUUCAUUCUGUAAGAGGCGUUUUUUUUUCCUCCAGUUUAUCACUUUGAGACAGAACGAUGACGUCGGUCACAGUUGAGGUUUCGCUUGCCUGCUGAUCUUAUAGCCUCGUCAACUCGCAUACUGCUGCAUGUGUCUAAAAUUACAAGACAUUUUGUGAUGGGAGUCGCAGUCAGGAGUCAACGCCAGGUAUUACGUUUAUCUCAAUGACAGCAUCACGUAGACUGUAUUGAAUUUGACUCAAUGACAUUUUUAUCCGAGAUCGAGUCUUGUCCACUCGAGGAAUGAGCUUGUGAUUCUUCUUGUAUUUUUCUGCUGAUGUUUAUUAACUGGAGACUGGAAUACUUACUGCAUGGUGACACUUCUAGAAGAUGCUACGGUCUUUAUAACAAGUAUCUUUUAUCAGUAUUUUAUAACCUUGUUAAUUUUAUAUAUCCACUUUACCCUGCGUUCAGAUCUGGUAUGUUUACUGAUAGCUAAGUAUCAGAGAGCUGUGCUGUAUGUUCUGUACCGUGUGCUUGUCCGUGUGUUACUUUACAGCGUGAGCUUUCCUUUUUCUUUCUUUUUUUUUUUCAAUGCGUGUUCUUUGAAUUUGGUUCUCGGUUACACUGUGGUUAUUUUAUAGCUACGAUUCUGAAAUUAUUAUUUUUUCUUUUGUAUUUAAUGUCAACUUGUGGCAUGACUUUGAAAUAAAACAGGAAAACCUA